AUGCUUGAGUCAGAUAUGUUACCCUCACCGCUUGAUUCUUCAACUUCAUAUCUAAGCACAAGCACUAUCGUUGCACUUUGCCUAUUCUUUGCACUCCUCUGUACUUGCGUCAUCGUAGGCCACCUUCUUGAAGAGAAUCGAUGGGCCAAUGAAUCCAUCACUGCCCUUUUUCUUGGUUUGUGUUCUGGAGUGGUGGUGUUGUUGGUGACCAAGUUUCAUAGUACCAAGAUUCUAAUAUUCAAUGAAGAUUUGUUCUUUCUUUACUUGCUUCCCCCAAUCAUUUUCAACGCCGGUUUCCAAGUCAAGAAGAAACAGUUCUUCAAGAAUUUCACUACUAUUCUUCUGUUUGGUGUCCUUGGAACCGUUAUUUCUUUCUGUCUCAUAUCUCUUGGUGCCUUUCUACUCUUUAAUGGGAUUGGCAUAACUAACCUCGGCAUAAAAGAUCACCUAGCCAUUGGGGCCAUACUGUCAGCAACUGACUCAGUUUGUACAUUACAGGUUCUGAGUCAAGAUGAAACACCUUUUCUCUACAGCAUUGUAUUUGGCGAAGGAGUAGUAAAUGACGCCACGUCCAUUGUUCUUUUCAAUUCAGUCCAAUCACUUAACUUCAGCAGUAUCAAUGCUAUUACAGUGUUGAAAUUGUUGGGGACAUUCCUCUACCUCUUUUGCACUAGUACUGCUCUUGGCAUAAUUGUUGGACUCUUAAGUGCUUAUAUUAUUAAAACACUUUACUUUGGGAGGCACUCUACAGAUCGUGAAGUUGCACUUAUGAUGUUAAUGGCAUAUCUGUCAUAUAUGAUUGCUGAGCUUUUGAAUCUCAGUGGAAUUUUGACAAUUUUCUUCUGUGGCAUUGUUAUGUCACACUACACAUGGCACAAUGUUACAGGAAACUCAAGGACAACAACCAAGCACUCCUUUGCAACUCUCUCAUUCAUAGCAGAAACCUUUAUAUUUCUAUAUGUUGGCAUGGAUGCUCUAAACAUUGACAAAUGGAAAACAAGCAAAGCCAGCAUAGGAACUUCAGUUGCUGUCAGCUCAACUUUGAUUUCAUUAGUUUUGAUUGGAAGAGCGGCAUUUGUUUUCCCUAUUGCAAACAUUGCAAAUUGCAUCAAAACAAGAGAGAGCACAAAAGUUGAGUUUCGAUCACAGGUUGUUACUGUCUUACUAACACCAUCGCUUCAAAUUGAAAGAGUGUUCAAUACGGGCCAAUGUCCAACACCGUCGCAUUUUAUAAUAUGGUGGGCAGGCUUGAUGAGAGGUGCAGUGACGAUUGCCUUGUCUUAUAAUCAGUUUUCAAAAUCGGAGAUAGCAUCCGCUGAAGACUCUGCAUUAAUGAUCACGUCUACUAUAAUCCUCGUCUUAUUCAGUACCGUGGUAUUUGGUUCCGUAACAAAGCCUUUGAUUGAGGCUGUGAAGUUAAGGCAUUCAAAACCAGACAUUUCUGGUUCCACCGAUAAUCAAGAGGAUCUGAGAUUACUAUUCCUUGAAAGCAAUUCUUCCGUCAACCAAAGACGAAGUACUCUGAGUUUGCUGAGACAUUAUCCUACUACUACGGUUCACUGCUUUUGGAGGAAAUUCGAUGAUAAGUUUAUGAGACCCGUAUUUGGUGGUAGAGGUUUUGUUCCCGUUGCUCCUGGUUCAUCUCCCGCUGAAGAUGAGAUUUCUUGA